AUGGCACUAGAUUCACCGCCGUCCGAGGCACUCCAGAAGGGUUCCAUAUGUGCGAUCGUGUAUUCCAAUCAACCAGCCAGUCGAAAAUCAUCACGCUAUAAUCUUAACUCGCCACUUCUCAUUCCACCACCAACUCUGCCAACACCACCAAUAACAGCAGCCAUACGCAGUUCAAUUAAAAAUGAAAUUUUAGCAGCCAGCCACAACUCUGGUCGUGUUAUAACUGAUGCUUGUUGA